CCUGUGUGUAGUUCAUAUAGUUGACUUCUGGCAGUGAAAGUUCUCACUCAGGCAGCCCUUCAUCCUGUAGGCUUUUAUUUUGAUCCACACUCAUGUCACGGAGAAGGAAGGGUCAGGUCUGGUUGUAGGUGGUGACAUUAACUUCCUCUUGAUCUUAGGGACCAUUGUGAACUCUGUCAAUGGCCACUUGGUCACUGUGGUAUUUCUUUCAGGGACUGCUGACAUUUAAGGACGUGGCCAUAGAAUUCUCCCAGGAGGAGUGGGGAUGCCUGAGCCACACGCAGCGGGAACUGUACAGGGACGUGAUGCUGGAGAACUACGGACACGAGCUGUUCUUGGGCUUCAUUCUCUCAAAGCCAGACCUGAUCACGUUUUUGGAGCAAGAGAAGCAGCUCUGGGAUGUGAAGAGAAAGGAGACAGUAGCCUUCCAUCCAGGACGAGAAUUUUCAACUCAGUACAUUUCAAGACCACCUGUAUCUUCACAUGACACCCAGAGUUUCCUGCUAACGCCAAGCAUACAACGUUCUUCACAAAAAGUAUCAAUGCAUAGAUACAAAAAUAGUGCUGCUGAGAUUUUACCCUUGAGUACAGACUGGGACAAUGGUGGGGACAGUGAACGACAUCAUAGAUUUCCUGGAGGACGGACCCAAACCCAGGCAAUUGCCCUUCAUAAGAAUCUCACUGGCCCAAAAGGUGAAGGAUAUAAAACAUUGUGGAAAACCUCCCUUUUUAAGUCAGCUGUUUCUGCAAAGCAGUGUGUUUCUGGAAGCAAAACCUCCAGUCAAAUAUUCAAACAUACAUGUUUGUGGACAGACAACUUGAAAAAUCUGGAAAGUUACCUAGUCCAUGCUAAAAAUGAUGAUUUGAACCAUUUUGAGAAUCGGAUUGGCUUGACCCUCCAAUCAAAGAUUUCUGACAAUCAGAGAUUGAGAAAUGAACAAAGUGCUAAGUGGGGUCCAUAUGAGAGGUGCUUCACCGAGGGGUCAACCCUACAGAGUGACCGGGGCCCGUUCAAUGGAGACAGAAAUGCUCAAUGCAGUGAAUCUGAGAAAACAUUUAACCAGGGCUCCAGUGUUCAUAGAUUUGUGAGGACUGGGUUUCCAGGGAACCAUUAUGAAUGUCAUAAAUCUGGGGAAGGCUUUAAUCAAAGCCCUAACCUUAUUGUACGUAAGAGUCUCCCUUUGGGAGAGAAUCCUCAUGAGUAUAAUGAAUGUGGGAACGCUCUUAACCAGUCCUCCAGUGUUGGUGAUGAUCAGAGAAUUGAUGAGGGAAGAAACCCAUUGAGAUGUAAUAAACCAGAGACAGUAUUUAGUCAAUCAUCAAGACUAAAUAUAAAUAAAAUAAUCCCCAGGGGAGAGAAAACUUACAUUUUUAAGGAAUGUGGUAAAUCCUUUGACUGCCACUUAAUGCUAUCUCAACAUCAGCAAAUGCAUACUGGAAAGAAAAUAUACAAAUGGGAGGAAUGUGGUAAAUCCUUUAAGGACUGUUCAUCAGUAAAUGGACAUAGGCAAAUCCACACUGGAGAGAAACCUUACAAAAGUAAAGAAUGUGGCAAAGCCUCUACAUUGUGCUCAACCCUUCCUGGACAUCACAUAAUUCAUUCUGGAGAGAAAUCUUACAAAUGUAAAGACUGUGAUGAGGUCUUUAACCAUUUCUCAAGUCUUAAUAGACAUCACCGAAUUCAUACUGGAGAGAAACAUUACCAAUGUAAAGAAUGUGGCAAGGCCUUUAAGAGGCUCUCAAGCCUUCGCCAACAUCACAGAAUUCAUACAGGAGGGAAACCUUACAAAUGUCAAGAAUGUGGCAAAGCCUUUUACAAGCCCUCACACCUUACUGAACAUCACAGAAUUCAUACAGGAGAGAAACCGUAUAAAUGUCAAGAUUGUGGAAAGGCCUUUAACCGGCACUCACACCUCACUCGACAUCACAGAUUUCAUACUGGAGAGAAACCUUACAAAUAUAAAGAAAGUGCCAAAGCCUUUAACUCAUUCUCAACCCUGACUCAACAUCACCAAAGGCAUACUGGAGAGGAUACUUACCAAUGUAAAGUCUGUGGCAAGGCCUUUAAGUGUUCUGCGGACCUUACUCAACAUCGCAGAAUUCAUACAGGAGAGAAACCUUACAAAUGUCAAGAAUGUGGCAAGGACUUUAAGUGGCCCUCAGAACUUACUCGACAUCACAGAAUUCAUACUGAAGAAAAACCUUACCAAUGUAAUGACUGUGGCAAGGCCUAUAAGUGGCCCUCAGACCUUACUCACCAUCGCAGAAUUCAUAGUGGAGAGAAGCCUUACAAAUGUCAAGAAUGUGGCAAAGCAUUUAACAAGCCCUCAGAACUUACUGAACAUCACAGAAUUCAUACAGGAGAGAAUCCUUACAGAUGUCAAGAUUGUGGAAAGUCCUUUAACAGUCCCUCACGCCUUACUGAACAUCACAGAAUUCAUACUGGAGAGAAACCUUACAAAUGUCAAGAGUGUGGCAAGGCAUUUAACCGGCACUCACACCUCACUCGACAUCAGCGAUUUCAUACUGGACAGAAAACUUACAAAUGUCAAGAAUGUUCCAAAGCCUUUAACUCACGCUCAAAUCUAACUCAACACUACCGAAUGCAUACUUCAGAGAAAUCUUACAAAUGUAAGGAAUGUGGCAAGGCCUUUAAGAGGCUCUCAGCCCUCAGUCAACAUCACAGAAUUCAUACUGGAGAGAAACCUUACAAAUGUCCAGAAUGUGGCAAGGCCUUUAACAGUCCCUCACACCUUACUGAACAUCACAGAAUUCAUACUGGAGAAAAACCUUACAAAUGUCAAGAAUGUGGCAAGGCCUUUAACCGGCAGUCACACCUCACUCGACAUCACAGAAUUCAUACUGGAGAGAAAUGUUAAGAAUGUCAAGAAUGUGCCAGAGCCUUUAAAUCAUGUUCAGCCGUGACUCAUCAUCACCAGAUGCAUACUGGAGAGAAGCUUUACAAAUGUCAAGUAUGUGGGAAGGCCUUUAACAGUCCUUCAAACCUUACUCAACAUAGAAUUCAUACUGGAUAGAAACGUUACCAAUGUAAACAAUGUGAGAAAAUGUUUAAGGAGUGCACACCCCCUAUUGCACAUCAAAGAAUUCAGAUUGGACAAUAACGUUACAAAUACAACAAAUGUGGCAAGGACUUUGACCAGCCUGCACACCUUACUAAACAUAGAAUUCAUACUGGAAAGAAACCUGACAAAUGUAAGGAAUGUGAGAAAACAUUUAAGGACUGCUCACCCCUUAUGCCUUAGCAGAGAUUGCAUAUAGGAGUGUCACUAUACAAAUAUAAAAAUAGUGUCCAGCCUCUCAGUGGAAGUCCCGACUUACUUAACUUCAUAGUUAUCAUAUAGGAGCAAAAACGUGAAGAAAAUAGACCAGCCUUUUCUUGAGUUCAGUCCUUACUCAGUAUCACAAAAUGCAUACCAGAUUCAGACCCUUAGAACAUAAUGAAUGUGGAAAGACCGUCAUUUUAAUACACACUAGAGCAAACACCAGAGAGUGCAUUCAAGAAAGUAAAUUAAUAGGGGCGCCUGGGUGGCACAGCGGUUAAGCAUCUGCCUUCGGCUCAGGGCGUGAUCCCGACAUUAUGGGAUCGAGCCCCACAUCGCUCCUCCGCUGUGAGCCUGCUUCUUCCU